CGGAGUUUUCUUAAGCAAGCAGAAGUCGAAUUUUUCGCAAAUAUUUUUAUUUUAUUAAAAAUAUUAAACAAAAUUAUUAUGUUUUAAGUGUAAAUAACGUAAGAAAAAAUCUUAUCAAUCACUAUGGGUAUAUUAGAGAAAAUUGCUGAAAUCGAAAGAGAAAUCGCCAGAACACAAAAGAAUAAAGCCACCGAAUACCAUUUGGGUUUAUUGAAGGCUAAAUUAGCGAAAUAUCGUUCGCAAUUGUUGGAGCCCUCGAAGAAGGGCGAAAAAGGUGAAGGUUUUGAUGUGUUAAAAAGUGGCGAUGCCAGAGUGGCUUUGAUCGGUUUCCCCUCGGUAGGUAAGUCUACACUAUUGUCGACGCUGACAAAAACUGAAUCGGAAGCAGCCAAUUAUGAGUUCACUACGUUGACCUGUAUUCCGGGUGUUAUUGAGUAUAAGGGUGCGAAUAUACAAUUGUUGGAUUUGCCGGGUAUCAUUGAAGGUGCUGCACAGGGUAAAGGUCGUGGUCGUCAAGUUAUUGCUGUCGCCCGUACUGCCGAUUUAGUUGUCAUGAUGUUGGACGCCACCAAACCCAAUGUACAUCGUGAUCUAUUAGAAAGAGAAUUGGAAUCGGUGGGCAUACGUUUAAAUAAACGUAAACCAAAUAUAUACUUUAAACAAAAGAAAGGUGGCGGUUUAAGUUUUAAUGCCACAUGUGCUCUAACCAUGUGUAAUGAGAAAAUGGUACAAACUGUUUUGCACUCCUUUAAAAUAUUCAAUGCUGAAGUUUUGUUCCGUGAAGACUGUACCGUCGAUGAAUUCAUUGAUGUUGUUACAGCGAAUCGUGUUUAUUUGCCUUGUCUUUAUGUAUAUAACAAAAUUGAUCAAAUCUCUAUUGAAGAAGUGGAUCGUUUGGCAAGACAGCCCAAUUCUAUAGUGGUUAGUUGUAAUAUGAAAUUAAAUUUGGAUUAUUUACUAGAGGCAUUGUGGGAAGCUUUGCAACUGAUUAGAGUGUAUACAAAAAAACCAGGUGCACCACCAGAUUUUGAUGAUGGUUUGAUUUUAAGAAAGGGCGUUUCUGUGGAGCAUGUUUGUCAUGCUAUUCAUCGCACUUUAGCCGCUCAAUUUAAGUAUGCCUUAGUCUGGGGUACUUCCACUAAGUACUCACCUCAACGUGUGGGCAUUAGCCAUAUAAUGGCCGAUGAAGAUGUUAUACAAGUUGUUAAAAAAUGAUGAAUUGAUUAUUUUUUGUUUGCAUUUUCCUUUCAUUAUCUUUUAACCAAGUUUUAUUUAGUUUCUUAUUAAUUCAUUGAUUGAUUUUGUUUUGGAGAAGAAAAAAAAUAUGAAAAGAUAUACAUAAUGCGAUAUCCCUGCGCUUUGGCUUUAUUGAUAAUGAAAACUAAUAUUAAAUAUUAUAAACUACAUUUGGAAUUCUUAUGAAAACCGGGAUAAUAACAACUGGUUUUGUUUGAUAAGUGUUGAGAAACAAAUUAAGCAGCGUUUUUUUAAUUUAAUUAUUUUGUUUACUCAUGUCUCUUAUAUAAACAAAUUAGAACUCAAGGAAUAAUAAAUGAUAUUUAACGAAAUAAACAUAUUAUUCAAAGCAACA